CUCGCGGCUGUGUUGCAGGACAUCAUACAGGAGCGGCUGAUGGUUUUACAACUGAGCCUGUCCAACUUGAAGGGUACUUAUUUGCCACGGGAUAGCAUUGACUCCAUGCUGUCCGCGCUCACGGCGCUGUCCGCGGAACUACGAUCGCACGAGCAGGAAGCGAACCAGCUGGAAGAUCUGGUACGCAAAAUUCCAGCGGACACCGAGUCGCAGCGGCUGUUGGCCAAUCUAGCGGAAGUUCAGGCGCGUAUCGCCACCCUCUCGUCGCAAACGGAAGAGGGACGCGCGACCCUCGAGGCGUCGCGCAGCCACCACGAGCAACGGGGCCACGAUAUCCACUCUUACAAACAAUUCUUGGACGAGACGGACGCAUGGCUGAAGAAUAUAGUGGCUGGUAUGAGGGAACAGCCACCGAUUACCACGAACAAGGCUUUGCAGGACGAGCUGAGCAGUCACGCGCAGCGUGUGUCGGAGCUUGAAACGCUGCCAGAGAUCAGCACGCUGGCAAAGGUCCUGAAGAAUGCGCUGUUGGAGGUGAUGUCGCGUCUGCAGCAACGGCAGCAGGUACCCAACGCUUUCCAAUGCUCAGGGGCUUUCGCAAACUUCGCCGGUGUUCGCGCAACAGUAUCGUGAAGUAUUGCGACGGUAGCGGGGGAACGCUAAAGAACGAAAGAAAAAAAGAACGAGAA